UAGCAAGAUGGCCGAUUGUAUGGGAUUUUGGCAAAUGGGGUACCUAUAAGUCGAUGUUAACGAGCAACAAUAUGGCUUCUUGGGCUGUGUCAUGGAUCUCGGUCAACCACUCACAAAAGUAAAAUGCUGCACCCAUUGUUCAGAAGUCUGUGAAGACCGGUGAGGAAAACAAGAUGGCUGACAGUGACCUUGAGAUGCAGCUGGAGGCCCAGCAGCAGAUGGUGUCCCAGCUGAAAAUGAUGAUCAGAGAGAGGGAGGAAACCAUUCGCAAGAAAGACAAAGAGCUCACUGAAACAAAAGCAAGUCUUUCAAAGUUGAAAUUGCAAGCUAAAGCUAAGGCUGCCAAAGCUAAGAAAGACUCAACUGAAACUCCAGAGAAAUCAAGUCAGCCGGCGGCUGAUGAUGUGGCAACAGGAGAGGAGCAGACGAGUCGUGCCAAGCUGCUGCUGCUGAAGAGGAAGCUGGAGGAGAAGGACAAGGUGAUAGGGGAGAAGGAGGAGGUGAUCGCCUCCCUCAGGCAGCAAGUCGAGGCCAAGGAGCGGGUUCUCGAGGAGAGGGAGCGGUUCAUUGCUGACCUCACGGAACAGCUGCACGAGAAGACCAAGCUCCUCGAGACACUGCAGUCUUCUCUCCAGCCCAGUGAGGGAGGAGGACAGGAUUUUGAGUCCCAGCUACAAGCCAUGUAUGCUCAGAUGCUGUAUAAGGACAAGAAGAUGAUGGACCUUAACACCAAGAUUCUGGAACACGACCGUCACAUCAUGGACCUCCAGGAGUUUGUCAGUGAGAAAAAUGAGGUCAUCAGAGGAAGAGACAAGGUUGUUGAGAUAUUACAGACCUCAUUAAAAGAUAAAGAACAAAACAUCCAGGACCAAGCGAUGCUAAUUGUCAAACUAACAGGUAAAGUGGAGAAUAAUGAGGAAACAUUAAGCUUACUCAAGGAACAGCUGGAAAAGGAAGAGCACAAGCUCAAAGUUGAAAGCGACAAAUUUGAUCUCAAGCUUCGCGAAACUCAAAAAUAUUUUGAAGAAACUCUGCAGGAAUUGGAGACAGAGAAUAAAAAUCUUAGGGAAUUGAUUCAGAAAAAAGAUAAUGAAUUGAUCACCCGAGAAAAUGAUCUACGUGAAUUAAUAUCUCGACACGAACGAGAUAUCCAACGAAUAAUGUCUCGUGGGGAAGUAGAUAUUCAUGAUGAGGUAGUAAAGAUGUUUGAGCAAAAGCUAAAAGAUGUCCAUGAGGUAUUGGAAGGGAAAAUUCAAGUGAUUGAAAUUCUGCAAACAGAAAUGAGUGAAAAGGAUAAGAAAUUAUUAGAAGAUAGGGAAACGUUAAAAAUGUUGAAAGAUAAGCUUCAGGUUACAUCAGAACAGCUAAUGCUACUACAAGCUAGUUUUGUCGAUAUGGAAGGUCAGUGGAAGGAUGAAAAGAACAAAUUGGAAAACAGGCUUAAAACGGUAAUAGAAAAACACGAAACGGAAUCGAGUGAAAAGGAGUUGCAACAACAGAUGCUGCAAUCAUCAUUAGCUCAGUAUGAAGCUGCUUACUCACAAGCUUCAGUUCAGUAUGGUGUCUUGCAAGAGAGAUACCAACAGGCAUACAUGCAACUGCAGAAAUUGAGUGCUGCCUCGAGCACUGCUUCACCAGAAGGUUCUGCAGCUAAAGAAGUAAGCUCUGAUCAAGAUGAACUCCAGGCUCUCCGAACUCUUGUGGAACAGCUUAAGCAAGAACUUGCAAACGUUGGCAAAAAGGAUCCUGGUCAGCAAACAGGAAUAGAUCCUGAUGAAGUUGAAGCCUUGAAUACCAUUGUUACUCAACUUAAGUCAGAGCUGUCAGAAAAGACUCAAGAGAUUGAGACACUGAAAACGUCUGCUGGUGAUGGUGGAGGCAAGACAGAGACCAAGCUGCUCAAGGUGAAAGCACAAAUGACCUCCAAGAUCAAGUCACUGGAGAAAGAGCUGCAGGAGCUAAGAAAGGGCAGCAACUUGGCGGAUGAAGUUGUCACUUUAAGGAACUGUCUGGCUGAGCUUGAGGAUGAGAAGGGAAGUCUGCAGCUGAAACUUGUCGACUAUGAUGAGGCUAAAGUGCUGCAAGGUCAGCUGGAAGAUCAGAUAAAACAACUUGAAAAGGAGAAAGAGGCCCUAAUGCAAGAGAAGCACGAAAUAAACAGUGACCUGGAUUCAGCUAACAAAGAGAUAGAAAAACUCAGUCAGAUUGUCACGGAUCUUCAAACCACUGUUGAUCAGAACCAAGUUACACAUGAUGAAAGUCAGAAGCAGACAAUAGAGACUCUGAAACAAGAACUGGAAGAUUCUCGGGCCCAUUCAAUUACUGUGCAGGAGGAGAGAGACCAGGAGAAAAAGAGUCGCGUUGGCUUUGAAUCUCAGCUCGUAGAGUACCACGAGUACAAGAAACAUGCAGAAACAGAUAUUAUUGAAAUGAGAAAUGAAAUUACACAGCUCCAGUCGAAGUUGGCUUCACUGGAAGAUGAUUGUGCCCAGAAGGAUGCAUCCAUUUCCAAGCUGAAGGAUGAGAAGGUUGAAUUGGAAAUGAAGAUGGCUGAAAUGGAGGAAUUCAAAGAUCAUUUCGAAAAGGAAAAGAAUGAAUUACAGCAGCAAAUUAAAAAACUCAAUGAGAAGAUUGAAUAUGAGAAACAACCAAACAUUGCUUUUGAGAAGGAAAACGAAGAACUGCAUCAAAAGCUUGAAGAGGUAAAACAGAAUCUUCAGUCGGAAAGGGAGGUAACCAAGGAAAUGAAAGAAGAGAAAAAUCAGUUGAUAGCAUCUCAUUCAACGGUGGUGAAAGAACUCGAUGAAACUAUCUCAUCACUAAAUGAAAAAAGUGAACAUUUAACAACAGAGUUAGCUGAAAGAGAGAAACGAAUUCUUCAGUUGAACCAAACUAUUAAUCAAACCACAGAAGACAUUUCUUCAUUGCAGUCCUCAAAUUCAUCAGCAGUUCAAAAUUAUUCAGAAAAGCUUAAUGAUUUUGAAAACAAGUGUGAAAGUCUGGCUGGUGAAGUUACUGAUUUAGAAAAUAAAGUUCAUGAUCUCAAUCAGAUUAUUGAAGAAAGAAAUGCAGAGGUUGCUGGAUUGAAGUCAUCUUUAGAAGAACAGAAAUCUGAAACCACUGAUCUGGAAUUAGUAGUGAAAAAACUGAAUCGACAGAUUGAACUUGUAGAAGAAAAUCAGAGUGAAAAAGGCAAGCUGUUUGAUGAAAAAUCGCAGUCCCUGUUGACUCAGCUGUCUGAGCUGGAGACAGAACUGUCAGAAAGAGAGAAGACAAAAGCUGCUCUUGAAAUGCAGAUUGAAAGUCUGACAAAGAAUCUUGAGAGUCAAGUUUCACGUAAUGAUGCUCUAAAAGAAUCACUGGAAGAGAAAUGUAAAGAAGUGGAGUCACUUUGUGAACAGCAUCAGAAUUUGACUGAGUUAGAAACAUCUCUGAAGACUGAAUUAGGGAAAGAAAAGGAGGAGCAUAAUAAAACUAAGGGUGAGGCUGAACAGAUGCUUGGUGAACUGGAGUAUUUGAAAAGACAGACACAUGAAAAAGAAACUGAGAUCACAUCGUCUGACAAUCAGAUAAAAGAGAUGUCUGCUGUCAUAGCUGAAAAGGAAAAGUUUAUUGAAGAGCUUACAAGUCAGGUUACUGCAAUGGAAACAAGUCUAGAUACUGUACAAUCAGAAAAGCAGAAGAUUCAGGGAGAUCUUGAUCAGAAAGUAGAGGAGAUGGUUCUUUUGUCUGAUAAAUUGAAUAAUGUUGAAAACCAGAAUGUUUCGCUUCAAGGGGAAAUUGAGAAAUUACAAACAUCGGUUGAGGAAUCGAAAUCUCAAGCAAAAGAAUUUUCUGAACAACUUCAAACUUUACAGGCAGAGAUUUUGGAAAAGGAUGAAAAAAUUUCUUCUUUAUCUCAUUCUCUUGAUGCAGAUAGUUCCAAAAUGCAAUCAGUUUUAGAAGAAAAGGACACAAAAAUAAGAUCUCUUAUUGAUAAUUUGGAAGAACUUAACACUCACGCUGUAACCUCUGCGGAGAUGAUUCAGUCCUUGGAAUCCAAGUUAGAAGUUAGUGAUUCUAAACUGCAAGAAUAUAUAGGAAUGUUUAGUGAGAAAACUAGUCAGAUUGAAACAAUGACUGCAGAACUUCUGGUUCAGAAUCAAAAGUGUUCAGAUCUGGAAACAGUGGUUCAGAAGUUGAAGGAAUUAAAGGAUGAACAGACAUUGAAGUAUUCAGAUGUGGAAAGACUGUCUCAAGAACUGCAAGAAAAAUGUUCUAGUCUUGAAAACGAGGUCAAAUGUGAAAAGAAAAAAUACUUAAAUCUAGAAAGUACUCAAGAAGAAUUGCAGGAGACAAAAGAUCAACUUUUACAAAAGUUCAGUGAAGUGGAAUCAAAACUUCAAGAGGUAGAAGUGCAGAAAGAUGGUUUAGCUGAACAGUUAGAAAUUGCACUUCAGAAAUUGGAAGAAGCUAAUACUGAAUUGACUCAAAAAUGUUCAGAACUGAUUUCUUCACAGCAAAAAGUAUCUGACCUAGAGUCACAACUUGAUGAGCUGACCAAAAAUAAAGAAGGUCAAGACAGAUUACUAGACCGUCUACAGGCGGAGCAGAGUUCCUUGGCCACUGACAUGGAGAAGGCUACUGAGGACAAGGACCAACAGGCAGAGCAGGUGAGGACUUUGCUUGAGAAUAAUCAGAUUCUGUUGCAGGAGAAUGAGAAUUUGUCAGGUGUUGUGAAGGAGCACAAAUAUAAAGUUAGUGUUUUAUUAAAUGAUAUUGAAAAUCUCCAAGGUGAAGUGAAUAACCUUAAUGAGUAUUUGAGUGUGGAAAAAGAAGCCAGUAGUGUUCAUAAGCAGCAGGUAGCAACAGAGAAGCAAGAUUUACUUGAUAAGUUGGAUGAAGUGGUUAUGUGUUUAAACUCUGAAAAAGAUAAUGUUGCUCGAAUCUCUUCUGAAAAACAAGAUCUUCUAACAAGAUUGAAUAGUAGUGAAUCUAACAGUGUUAGCCUGCAUGAUGAAAUCAGCAGACUAAAAGACUUACUAACAUCUAAAGAGACAUUAGUGUCAGAAACGCUGGUAGAAAAACAAACCUUUGAAGAUCAGCUAUCAGCAAUAAAGGAGUCCUUCCACAAAACCAAAGAGAACAUGUCUGAUGAAAUUCAUCAGCUGUGUGAUAAAAAUAAGGCUCUUUUAGAAUCUGAAACUGUUCUUAAGAAAGAUAUUGAUCAUCUUUCAAAGUCACUUCUGGAUAUUCAGCAAGAAGCUGAAAUGGCCAAUUCACAAUAUAACAAAGCUCAAACUGAUAUGGCUCAAAUGCAAAGUGAAAUCCAAACUCUGACAGAAUCUAUGCAAGUAGCCAAUGAGCAUUUGUCUUCAUUGCAGAAAGACAAUGAAUUGAUGUCUCAAAGAGUGUGUGAACUGCAGCUAAUGCUAGAUGGUGCUAAAAAUGAAACUGCUACAUUGACUAAACAGGUUAGUGAUCUUAGUGCAGAAUGUGAACUGAAGAGAGAAGAUUCAGAGACACUGUCGACUGACUUGAAAAAGGUCAGUCUAGACUUCAGUUAUCACACUGAUAUGUGUAGGUCACAAAUACAGUCCUUGACGUCCCAAGUAGAGCAACAGAAUGCAGAGAUUUCUUCACUGAAUGCCAGUUUGAGUGAAGCUAACAGUUCCAUUAAGAGUUUGAAUGAGAAGCUGGAGGAAAAACAACAAGAGGUUGAAACAUUGAUUCUUAAACACGAUGAGAAUAUUAGUCAGUUGUCUUCCUUGCAUGCACUUAAUUCUGAGAAACUUUCUGCUAUGCAUGAAGAAGAAAUUCAUAAUUUUUGUAGCACACAAAAGCAUGAACUGAGCAAAGAAUUAGCUAAGUCUGCACAGCUUGGUGAGGAUCUCAAGACUUUGUCUUCUAAGUAUGAAAUGCUUGAAUCUCAGCUACAAACUUUGCAUGUUGAACAUGAUAAGAAGGAAUCUGCUCUUGCUUCUUUGUCUUCUGAGCAUGUUGAUGUUGUUAAUCGUUGUUCAAGUUUGCUUGCUGAGGUUGAUAGUCUUAAGUCAGUGUUGUCAGAUUUAGAAAAUAAGUUGCAUGACAAAGAAUCAGAACUUAGUCAGAAUAAAGUUAGAAUUGAUGAAAUCCUACAAGACAAUGACAGUCUUAAGAAUGAGCUUGCCAAUGUGAAUUUUAGUCUUGAAAGUGUAAUGUAUGAAAAAGUAUCUCUUUCUGAAGAGUUAAUUGAAAAAACUGAAGUGUUAAACCAAAGAGAAACUGAGUUCAUGAAAAAGAAGGAUGAACUUCUAACAGUAGUGUCUGAAAAAGAAAAACAAAUUUCUCAUAUUUUAGGUGAAAAUGAUACUAAGUUGGCAAGUGUUGAACAGAGUUUGAAUGAAACACAGGACCAGCUUCAUAAAGUCCAGCAGCUGCUUCAAGAAAGAGAACAACUGAUAUCUGAGAAAGAUGAUAGGCUAAGUGAAGUAUCUGUCCAGAGUGCAAUGAUCAUUGAAGAGUUGAAUGUAGUACAGCAACAGAAAGAAUCAAUUGGUGCAGAAUUUGCUUUGCUUAAUCUGUCUCUCAAAAAGACCAAUAAAGAACUUGAGAAAUCCCAGUCCGAAGAAAAAGAACUGAAAAAUGUAAAAGAUUUACUGACUGAACAAGUCCAACAGCUCACCAGUAAAAUUCAGUCUCAAGAAUGUCAAGUAGAAGAGCAGAAAGAAUCUAUUACAGAGUUAACAGCAUCAGUGAAAGAACAACGUGAGAAAAUAAAUGGUCUUACAGAAGUGUUGGAAGGUUGUGAGCAUACUAUUGAGCAACAGGAGCACAAUAUUGAACAACUGCACGCCAAGAUUCUUGACCUUGAAAACUUGUGUUCAUCAAGAGAUCUUAAUCUGCAGGAGUGUUCCACAAAUAUAUCAUCAUUAGAAAGUAGUCUAGAAGAGAAACAAGGUGCUUUGGAUGCCUCAAAUGAAUCCAUGCAGAAGCUUUGUCAAGAUUUAGAAGAAAAGAGAGAACAGAUUGAUAAGCUUCAAAGCGAUGUGUCAAACACAACAUCGGAGCUGAAAACGGCAUUGUCAGAAUGUAAUGACUGGCAAAGUAGUUUCCAGCAGUCUGAACAUAAGCUUGAACAAAGGUUACUUGAAAUUAAUGAACUGGAAAGUAAGCUUGAUGUAAUCACCCAAGAAAAUGCUACAUUAAGAAAAAAUGUAAAUGAUAUACAAAGCCAUACUGAUGAAAUUAAUGAAAGAAAGGGCAAUGAAAUUGAAACAUUAAGUAACUUGCUAGAAAAAGCUGAGACACAAGUUAGUCUGGAAGUAAACCAUUCACAAGAACUUAAAGAAGAACUCCGAUCCACCAAUGAAAAGAAAACAGAGAUAGAAAAACAGCUUCAGUUGUCCGAGGAGCAUAAUUCUCAUCUCAACAAUGAAGUAAAAACUGCCAAGAUAGAGUUAUCUCAGAACGAAAAAGAAUUACAGCUACUUAACAUUAAGAAAGAACACCUGGAAACUGAUUUAGAGAUUGCACAGAAACAGAUUAGUGAUAUUCAGCUUUCUCUUGAAACUUCUGAAAAACAGGCAGUUUACCUGCAAGAGCAGCUUGCUUCCAAACAUUCUGAAUAUGAUAGUUUGUCAAAAACACUUCGAGAAAUGCAGACAACAAUGGAUUCUCUUAAUGAAAACAUAAAUUGUACCAGUGUUCAGUUAACAAAAGUAGUAGAAGACAAGUCAGUGUUGCAGAUUCAGAUUGAUCAGUUGACAGAAGAACUUAGUGAUGAAAUGCAUAGAAGAUGGGCAGAGAUUUCAAGCUUGAACAAACAAAACCUACAGUACAGAAAUGAUAUAAAAUCCCUGAACACCAUGAUCAUGGAUACACAAAAGAAAUUGUUAGAAACAGAAAGUAUGAAUUUGCUUUUGGAAGAGCAACUGACAGAAACUAAGACUCGGUUACAAGAUGUCAUUUCUGAUCAUAAAACAGAAACUGAAACAUUAAGAAACCAGAUAUCAGAAGUAAUUAACAUGCACAAAGCUGAAAGUACUGCAAGCAAUGACCAAUUACAGGAGGCAACAAAAAAUAUUUCAGACUUAGAAUCGCAAUUAAAAUCAUUAAACAUUCAUCUGGAAUCCACAGUAACAGAAAAGAUAGAGCUGGAGUCAAAACUAAAUAGAUCUCAAAGUGAUAUCUUGGAUGUCCAAACAGAAUUGGAUGAUGAAAAAAUCUUGAAGGGAGAGUUAAUAAACCAGCUGGAAAACAUUAUGGGAGAAAAGACAACAUUGCAAGAAGAGUUGAAUUUGAAUCUGGUUGCCCAAAAAGAUCUUGAAAACCGGAUGCAGCAACUGAGAGAAUCUUUACAUCACACAAAUGAGUCUCAGGAAGAAGAAUUAAGACUUCUGAAUAGUCAGAUUGCUGCUGUAACAAAAGAAAACCAAGAUCUUAAAGAUGAACUGACAAUUUCUCAAACAAGACUGUCAGAGAUCAAGUUAAAACUGACAACAGCUAUAGAAGAAAAAGAUAAGAAAAUUUAUAAACUGUCAGAAACCUGCAAGUCUUUGCAUCAGAGCUGUGAUGAAGAAAAAGCUAAUGCUGAACAAAAGAUGUUGACAUUAAAUGAAGCACAUGAAAUGGAUAAGCAGAAACUUGAAACCAAAUUAGAAGAAUUUGUUCAGCUAAUAGUGGUGAAAGACACCGAGUUGGAGGAAAUUACUGUUGAACGAAAUGAUUUAUUAGUGGAUGUUGAAAACAAAAUGAAAAAAGUGACACAACUAUUGGAAAAUAUAGAUGAGCUAAACAGAAACUUGGAUAAACAUUGUGUAGAACUGGAUGAAUGCAAGGAAAAGAAAGAUGAAAUUGAAAGAAAACUACAUGACAGAAACCGAGAACUGGAGGAAGUACAAACAUCUUUACAAGCUACCAUUGAAGAAAAGGAUCAAAUCCUAUUGAAUCUGAAAGACAUUACUGACAAAAUAAACUCUUUGAAUGAAGAUAACAGGAACUUGAAACUCAUUUCAGAUAAUGAAAUAAAACAAAUAUUGGGAGAAAAAGAAAAUAUUCAGUUGCUACUGGAAGAAAAGAGUGAACAGCAUAAAGAGGUGUGUUUACAGUUAGAUUCACUUCAAGAAUCAUUGACGAUAACAGUAAAGGAAAUGGAAAAAAGGAAUAAUGAUUUUGAAGACAUGCAGAAAGAGUUGGCUGCAGUUAACAAAAAACUUGAAAAUGUUGAAACUGAAUGUCACUCAUAUGAAAACAAAUUUCAUGAAAAAGCUAGAAUUCUUGAUCAGGCCAAUGAAAAAAUCGAAGAAUUAUCUCAAAUAUUAAGCAGUGCAAUUGAAGGGUCUAAGCAAGUAAUACAUGAAAACAAUGAAUUAACUGAGAAACUUAACAAAAGUUGUGUUAAUGAAACUGAAAAAGAUCAGAAAAUAUUGGUGCUGGAUGAUGAAAUAAAAGUUCUUAAGAAGUGUAGAUUAGACUUGGAAACUGAGGUAGAAGGUUUGAAAAACAUUGCAAUAGAGAAAAGCAAAACAAUAGAAAAAUUGACUGCAGAAGUAAGUGAGAUAUCACAAGAGCUUUCUCAGAGAGAAGCUACUGUAUCCAUACUCCAGAGUGAAUGUGGUCAGUUAUCAAAAGAGAUUGAAUCAAGGGGAAUGACAGAACAAGAAUUACAAGAAUGCAAGCAGUCCUUAGAAAAUCAGCUACAAGCUAUGAAACGAAAUAUAGAUUUGCAGCAGUGUUCAAGUUCUGAGCAAAGACUACAUUUUGAAAAUAGUUUAAGAGAACAGGAAACAAUCAGUCUAACACUUGUAGAUGAAGUGGAACAAUUAACAAAUAGGUUCUUGUCAGCAGAAGCUACUGUUUCUCAAGUCUUACAAAGCAAACAUGAGGCAGUCAGAAACUUAUCUGUCAUAUCUGAACAUUUGAGAUGCAAAAGUGAAGAACUGGAGUCAUCUGAUCUGAAAAUUAAAGAAUUGUCCCAGGAGCUCGAUGACAUAAAUGUGAAAGCUGACCAUUUGCAACAGCAAGUGACUGCUUCAGAAGCAGAACAUUCAAAGGUGAAAACUUUGUUGGGUGAAAAGAUUAAUGAGAUGGACUCAUUACAGUUGCAGAUAAAUCAUCUCGAGGAUGAUAAGUUGAAAGUAGAAAAUAAUAUUGAGCAGUUGCAAGAAGUGAUUCAGGGUCUUGAGAAACAUUUGAGCCAAGCAGAAUCUGAAAAACAUGAAUUACUAUUGGAACUUCAAAACAAGGAAGCUGUUAAUGCUGUUAUGGCUACAGAAGUUGAAAAUUUGAAUGUCCAACUCAAUUCAUCCAGUUCUGCUGUUAGUAAGAUUAUAAAACAAAAAUGUCAAGAGAUAGCAAAACAAUCCUCGAUUACAGAACUACUGAAUACAAAUGAAAUUCAGUUGAACACUACAUUACAAGAAAAAGAAAACCUAGAACAGAAUGUUCUUCAACUUCAGGAUAUGCUCAGUGCCAAGAACAUAGCCAUUGAUGAUGCCACUGAAGCUCUGAAGAAUGUAACAACUGAAAAAAACAGGUUGGACAUUAUUGUGGAAGAGAAUCACCUUAAAAUUGAAGAACUUGGUAAAAAGAUCUGUGAAUCAUGUGAUCUAUCAGAAGACCAGAAUAUUCAGCUUAGUAGAUUGAACCAAGAGAAGGAGAAAUAUGAAACACUAGUCAAAGUCUUAGAAGACAAAAUAUUGGCUGCAGAUGCUGAAGUGUCACAAUUGAAAGCUACUGUUGAAGACUACAACUCAAGAUUUAAGAUGCUUCAGGACGAGAGUGAACUUAGUAAGGAUUCAUUUAAUGAAAAAUUAAAUAAUCUGAUGGCUGAGCUUGCUGACACUAAAGACUGUAAAGAAAAAGUUGAAAAAGAAAUUAUGAAUACUCGUACCAGACUUGAUGAAGUUGAAGAGCAGAUUGUCACUGAAAAACAAAUAAGUACUGACAGAAUUGCUGCACUUGAAGCAGAAAUAAUUGAAGUCCAAAAACGUCUUGCUGAAACUGUCCAUGAAUCUGAACAGAACUGUUCUGAAAAAGAAAACUACCAGCAGAUACUGCUUGAAAAGAAUGGUCAAUUAGAAAUUAUAAGAAAUGAAUUAGAAGAAACCACUCAAGCUGUAGCUUCUCAUGAGAGUGUUGUUUCUUCACUGAUGGGUAAAACCAAAGAGCUCUCCAGAAGUAAUGUCAUGCUGCAAAACCGUCAAGAGGAGAAUAAGUUGACUGUAGAACAACUUAGACGGAAUAUUGACAGGUUGACCACCCAGUGUGAUAGUCUGGUUUCUGAUAAGGAACGUGUUUUGUCAGAACUAGAAAUGACUAAAUCAUCACUGGAUUCAGAAAAGUCUUCUCUGAUGGCAGAACUAGGUCAUUCUAAUGCUUGUAAGACAAGUUUAGAAAAAGAUUGUGAAAAUCUGCAAAAGCAAGAGGAGUGUUUAAGUGCUGACAAAGCGGCUUUAGAAAAUGAACUAGCUAUGUCUGCAGGGAAUAUUUUGGAAAUCAAGGAAGAAUUAAAUCAACAGAAGGAAAUGUAUCAGAUGUUGGAGCAAGAAAAAGAUGUAAUGAUGACAGAUUUCAAAUCACUUAAAGAACAUCACAACCUUUUAAAGAAGGGCAAUGAAGAAAUGACAUUAAAGAUCAGCUCUUUAACUGAGAACUUGGAUUUCUUGACCUUGAAAAUAAAAGAGAUGGAAGCAGAACAUGAAGAGUUGAUGCAUAGCCAGAAACAAGCUGAAUCAGAAAGGUCUGAAUGUGAGAUACAGAUAGAGUCUUUGAAAGCAGAUCUUGAAAAUAUGAGAGAAUCCUGUACAGAGUUAGGUUGCAAAUUGAAGACCACACUGGAACAAAAAUGUCUACUGGAAGAGCAAGUCAAGGAAUUUGAAGUUAUUGUCAUCGGCAAGGAAAACGCAAAUGAACAACUAAAAGAUGAUUUGCAGUUGUCACAAAAUGAAGUGAAUUUAUUAUCUAAAACACUUAAAAGUUUAGAAGAUCAGCUAUCAGAAAAGGAACAGGUAAUAGAGCGGGUGUCUGUUGAAUAUGGAGAAACCAGAAAACGGUUUGAUAUAGAGCUAGCUCUAGCAGAGACUGCUAAGAAGGAAUAUGAACUGCAGCUGCAGUUUGUCAAGACUGAGAAAAUGAUGAGCGAUGAGACUUCAGAGUCACAGCUAAAUGCUGCUAGAUCUGAAAUAACAGAACUCUUAGAACUAAAUAGACAGCUAAAAGCUGAACUAGAACAACUGUCAACAGUCAAUACACGGCAGAAAGCUGACCUGGAACAGCUGUCAACAGCUAAUACACAACAGAAAGCUGAACUGGAACAACUGUCAACAGUCAACACACAACAGAAGGCUGAACUGGAACAACAGUUGACAGAAAAUACCCAGCUAAAAGCUGAAGUGGAUCAACUAUCGACAGUGAAUACACAGCAGAAAGCUGAACUGAAACAACAGUUGACAGAUAACACUCAGCUAAAAGCUGAAGUGGAACAACUAUCGACAGUCAACACACAACAGAAAGCUGAAGUGGAUCAAUUAUCGACAGUCAACACACAACAGAAAGCUGAACUGGAACAACAGUUGACAGAUAACACCCAGCUAAAAGCUGAACUGGAACAACUGUCACCAAAUAACACCCAGCUAAAAGCUGAAGUGGAUCAGCUAUCGACAUUUAACACACAACAGAAAGCUGAACUGGAACAACUGUCAACAAUGAACACACAACAGAAAGCUGAACUGGAACAACUGUCAACAAAUAACACCCAGCUACAAGCUGAAGUGGAUCAACUAUCGACAGUCAACACACAACAGAAAGCUGAACUGGAACAACAGUUGACAGAAAACACUCAGCUAAAAGCUGAACUGGAACAACGGUUGACAGAUAACACUCAGCUAAAAGCUGAAUUGGAACAACUGUCAACAAUCAACACACAACAAAAAGCUGAACAGGAACAACUGUCAAUAGAUAGCACAGACCUAAAAGCUGAACUGGAAAAGCUUCACAUUGAUUGUGCUCAACUGGAGGAUAAGCUUACUCAGCAAGAGGCACAAUCUUUAAUUUUAACUGGUUGUUUAGAAGAAAAUGUACUGAAAACUUCAUCACAGGAUUCAGUAAUCCAAAAACUUAACAUACAGCGUAAAUGUUUGGAAAUGUCAAAACUUGCUCUUUCUCAGAACAUCCAAAAAACAAAUGCCAGGAUUGAAGAAGUUGAAAAGGAGUUGAGCAAUGCAUUGCAAGCCUCAGAAUCUCAUAGUGUUAUCUCCAAAGAAUGUGAUUCACGAGUAAAAGAUCUUGAAAACGAGAAUCAUGUUUUAGAACUGGCAUUAGAGGAAACAAAGUCAUCAUGGGAAAAAGAUAAAGUGAAAUGCGAAAAUCUUACUGUUGAACUGGAGAACUAUACAGAACAAUACAAGCAUGCUGAAGAAGAUGUCCUGGAGAAAGAAGUACAGAUUCAGAUGCUAUGUAGUGAAUUGUCGUCUGUCUCUGAUGCGUAUGAUGGUUGUAAAUGUGCUUUAGAGAAAAGAAUGCAAGAAGUGAGAAAUAUGUCUGUCACAUUCAUUCAGCUCAAAGAAAAACUUCAAAAUAUUGAAGUCUGUUUGUCAGAAAGAAAUGAAAUGUUGUUGAAAUCCAAAGCAGCAAAUGGUGUUCUUGAGGAAACUGUAGAAUCUUUAAAACGUAACCUUACACAAACUGAAAUAUCUCUGGUACAGACAAAUACUGACAUCACAGAACAAUAUGAAAAAUUGAAAAUAGCUAAUGAAGAACAUAAUUGCCUAAUAGAAAAUUUAAAGGAAAAUGUUCUUGAAUUACAAGAUUCAUUAAUGAAGAAAUCUAAUGAGGUGACAGGUUUGUCGGAACAGCUGGAUGCUGUUGCAGCUAAACUAGAAGAAUCUGAAAUGACAUGCUUUGAGAAAGAAAGUCAAGUUCACAUUUUAGAGAGCUGUAUUGAAGAGACUUCUAUUAAGUGUUUCUCAUUUGAAGCUGCAGUUAAGAAAGUCUGCAAAGAUUUGAUGAAUACCAGGCAUAUGAAACAUAUGGCAAUACAAAAUAUGGAAAAUCAGUUGCAAGAAAUGAAGGUAUUAGCUGACUCUGUAAAGGAGCAGUUGAGUAGCACAUUUAGAGAAAAAGAUGAACUUGAACACCACUUAUCAUCAUUGGAAGAAGAAUUGAAGAAAAAGGAUGAUCUCAUCCACAAACUCAAAGAAAAUGUAAACACUUUAGAACUUUGUAACAGAGAGAAAGAAGAAAAUAAUGCAGUACUUUCAAAUGAAAUGGUAUAUUUGAAAUCAGAAAUUGAGGAAAUGAAGUCUGCUGUAGCUUCUAUGACAGAAAAACAUCACCAUCUUGAAGAUGUUCUGAGACAGAAAGAGGAGCAGCUUGCUAGAUUUUCUCAAGUGGAAAAAGAAAAUGCCUUUCUCAAGGCAAAAGAAAAAGAACUACAGGAAAAAGAUGCAUUGCUUCUGGAGCAAAAAGCAAAGCUUGCAGAUCUACAGUCACAACAGGAGGAAAAUGUAAGCAGUCAUUCAGAAAGUGAUAUGAUGAUUCAGAAGUUGAACUUGUUAUUGGAUGAAAGGAAUGUUCAGGUAGCGUCUCUGUUGGAUCAAGCAACUGAUAUGUCUUUACAGUGCUCAUCUCUAGAAAGCACAGUUUCUGCAUUGAAAAUGAAAGAAUCUCAAGCAGAGAAAACCAGUAGAAUUCGUACACAGAAUUUGUUAGACCAAUUACACAAUCUCUCUCGAGAGAAAAAUGAUCUGUUGUUAGUACUUGAUGAGAAAGAAGUGAAAAUCAAUAGCCUGGUUGAAAUGACUGAUGAACUAACCAGACAACUGCAGAAGGUAAAAUCAGAAAAGGCAGUCAUUGAAGCAAGUCACAAUUCACUUUCUUCUGAUAUCGAAGGAUUACAGAAUGAAAUAGCUGAAUAUAAAGAGAAACUUCACGCGUUAGAAGUGAUCAUUGAAGAGAGAGAAAACAAUAACAAUCAAGAUGCUGAGUUGAAAAGUGAAAUGGCUCAUGUUGAUUUGUCAAGUACAAGGUUUGAAACACAUGCACAUAAUGCAGAUGAGGUGCAAAAUUUGGAGUGUCCAUCAGUGGAGAAGAAUGUUUCAUUGGAAGAAAAAGAAGUACAAAUAACUAUUCUUUCAGACACUGUAGACACCAGUUAUCAGGAGUUAAUGUCUGUUUCAAGUGCCCUGUGCAAGAGUCAGAAAAAUCUAAUGAAUUGCCAGAGAUGCAUCGAGUGUUUAGAAAAUAAAAUUCUGCAAAAAGAUAAAGCUUUAAAUGACAUUCAAGACAAAUAUGAUAUGCUUGUCAUGGAAUCAGAGAGCUUGAGGAAAGAUGUGGAACAAAAGGUUAAUGAAUGUAGUGAUCUAUCUGUGAAAGUUCAGGAAAUGUCCAAUACAUUGAGAGAUGUGGAACCUAUGUUAACUAGUCCUCUUGAAGAUAAAGAAGCACUAAAAAUUGAAGUGAAUCUCAUGAAAGACAUUGUAGAUGAAAAAGAUCGUGAAAUCAUCAGACUUCAGACACUCCAUUAUGAAACAGAAUAUAAAUAUGAAAAUGCCAUAUUAACAAAAGACCAAGAGAUUUCACAGUUAAUGGAGAAAUUGAAUCAGUCGAUGGAACUUGAUGGUGAUGUUCCAAAUACAUACGAUGCCCUCCAGAGAGAAUUGAAGCAGAAGUCUGAUGAACUAGAAAAUAUGUCUUUCAAAUUUCGGCAGCUACUUCAAGCACAAGGUUCAGAAACUGAAGCACUUUCUGUAAUCAAACAGCAACUUCAGUCAGUUUUGGAGGAUAACUCCGAGUUGAAUGAGGAAUUGAAAUCUAAAGAGCACAUCCUGCAUGAGAAAAAUCAGCAUAUUGAAAUGUUGAAGGAAAAGGUUACCGUUUUGGAAGAUGAACUUAAGCACACCGCUGCAGAACAAGAUGCAUUACAUUAUCAGCAACAAUUUGAAGAAGACAGAAGGAAUUGGGAGAUGCAUCACUCUUACGGCAUGCAGAUGCAGAGAUCAGGUUAUUUCCGAAGUGAUCAGGAACUCUAUCCAUAUGGGUACAGAGAGUGGGAUGAUGGAUAUGACAGAUGGAAAAGACAUGUUGAUAGAUCUAGUGAAUCAUCACUUACUGAAGGCACGCUUAGCUGGCAGGAAAUGCAGCAGAUAGAAUUACAACAUGAAAAAGAUGUUCCGGGAACAUCUCAAAGUGAGCAAGAUUUGACAAAAGAAUUAGCUGUUGGACAGCCACCCGAAGCACUGACAAGUACCCCCAUUAAAAAGGCUAGCAGUGAAAGAAAAGAAGUAGAAAGUGCAGUGAGUGAAGUAAUCAAACUGAAGAAACUUGUGAAGAAGAAAGAAGCACGAGUUGUGGUCAUUACCAAGCAGUUAAAUGAAGCAACUCGAAAGCUUGAAGAAACACAUAAAAAAGUGGAACACUUGGAGGCAGAACUUGCUGAGACCAGAAAAAUGGAUCAGAGUUUUACCGGUUCAGAAAGUGGAGCAGAAAACACAGCAUCUGAUACUCAAAAUGAAGUGACAGAAUUGAAGAGAACUGUAAAGAAAAAGGAAGCCAAAGUUGUUGUCUUGAAUAAGAAGUUGUCAGAGGCCACUGAAAAUUUGAAAAGCAUAACAGACAAGCUACUUCAAGCAGAAGAAAGAAUUGAAAUUUUAGAAGCUGAAAACCAUAAUCUUUUGGAAAUGCAAAACUUAGAAAUCAGUCCAAGCAAAAGUGCUCCCAGUGAAACAGACAAAGAUUUUCAGAAGACUCUAAAAAUGAAAGAUGCCAAACUUGUUAUUGCAAACAAGAAAUUAACUCAGGUUACUAAUUCAGUGAAAGAACUGGAGAGGAGACUGAAACUGUCAGAAGAGACUAUCAAAACAAUCAGUGAAGAGAAGAACAAAUUAGAAUAUUACUUAACUGAAGUUACUAACACAAACAAGGAAAUGGAGAUGUCCAAACUGUCAGUGGAUGCUAUCAAAUCAUUAAGUGAAGAAAAGAACAAGUUAGAGUAUCACCUAACUGAGGUUACUAAUUCACUGAAGGAAUUGGAAGGAAGGUUGCAGCUCUCAGAAGAGACUAUCAGUACAAUAAGUGAAGAGAAGAACAAAUUAGAUUAUGACUAUCGUGAACUGCAGAAACUGAAUGGCAGUCUUCAGUGGGAUUUUGAUAUGAAGUUUCAACAAGUAUUGAUUGAGAACCAAAACCUCAAGAUCCAGUUAGAUGAAUUCAGUGCAUCUUCACAUCAGCAAGUUCAAGAGAUCACCAGUUUGAUGAAGCAGCUGGAGGAUGCUAAUCACUGCAUAGCGCAACAUCAAGCAGCUUUGCAAAAUACUAAGGAGAGUCUUGAUGCUGCAAAUGUGAACAUUCAGGAACUUAAGGGAACUUCUGAAAAUCAGGAAGAACAACUCAUCAACCUAAGAUUUGAGAAAGAGGAAUUCUUAGGUCAGAUCUAUUCUCUUCAAGAGCAACUAUCUGCUAGUAGAAAAACAGAAACACAUCUACAGGGAUCUGAAGAUGAAAAAGCUAAUCUUGUUAGCAGAAUGGCAAAUCUGGAAAAUGAUGUUUCCAAGGAUAAACGACUUCUGGAGGCUGCUCAAACAACAAUUAGCAAGCUAGAGGUAGUAGUUAAUAAGAAAGAUACAGAGUUAAUAGUGAAAAACAAAACACUAUGUGAGCUGAAUGAAUACACAAACCAGGUAGUUGAACAAAAUAAGUUUUGGCAGGAAGAAAAUGAGAAACUCAACUCUGUUAGGUCAGAUCUUGAGAGUCGUCUCAAUGAAAGUGUAACACUUUACCAGCAGAUAGUUGCGGCGAAUGGUAAAAAGGAUGUCCAGAUUAACGAUCUAACUGAACAAAUCCAGGGUUACCAUACUCAGCUUACAAAUCUCCAAGCAGAAGUUAAAAAUGCAGUGGACCAAAAUGAAGUCCUGUACCUGAAAGAGCAGAAUUUUAAAUUGCAGUCAGAGAAUGAAAAUUUGUUAAUGAGAAUUUCCUCUCUGCAAGAAGAUCUUACACAAAGAAUGAAUGAGUUAACAGCUUCACGUGAGCAGACCUUUUUGCUAGACCGUGAUCUUGGCUUUAACCUGCAAGAAGCAACAAGAGAAAAGGAAGAACUUAUGACUCGGUUUGAAUCAGACAAAGCUGAACUAAAUGCUCAUUUAGCUUCUCUUCAACAGCAGAUACAAAACAAUGAACAUCUUUUUCAGUCCAAGAUACAAGAAAAAGAUCAAACAAUCAGACAAUUGCAAGCUGAACAAAAUAAUUGGGAAUUUUUGCAGGAAAAAGUUGGAGAUGAUGAAAAUAUAAUUAAAGUUUUGCAAGAUGAUGUUAAUGCUAAGUGUCUGCAAUUAACUGAGAAGGAACAAAAUGUUCAAACAUUAAGUACUAAGGUGUCAGAACUGCAGAAGCAAGUGAUAUUGUUAGAAAAAACCACAGAAAACUUGAACCAUGAACUGGGCACACUUAAAGAACAGAAUGCAGAAUAUCAGACACAGGUACUCGAACUACAAGGACAGUUCCAAAGUGCAAACUCAGUAUCAUCCAGCUUGGGGGAACAGAAUCAGUGUUUGACUUCUGAAAUAGAAUUGUUGAAAGAAAAUUCCACUCGGUGUGAAAAAUUAAUAUCUGAGUUUCAAAAUGAAGUAGCUUCACUUCAGAAAAAAGUCACAAAAAAAGAAGCUAAAGCUGCAGGAUUGAAUAAAGACUUAGUUAAACUGAAAGCUGACUUUGAGUUUGUUUCUGAAAAACUUCAAGAAUCUGAGAAAAUGGUGAAGAAGUUAUUUUCUGAAAAUGAACAAAUAACUAUGCAGCUUGACAGUGCAAAGUUAAGUGAAAGUCGACUGAAAGAAAUGGUCAGCCAGCUGAAAGAGGAUAAGAUAAUGCAAACAGAGCUAAAGCAAAAUGACAUUGAUGCCUUACAUACUUCUUUACAUUCCUUACAAAAUGAAGUGCAGACAAAAUCUAAUGCUGUCUUACAAUUGGAGGAAACUCUCAAAGAUUUACAGCAACAGAUCUCUGAAAAUGUUCUUGUGAUAGAGAGGGAAACACUGGCUAAAGAAAACUUGGAGAAAGUGAUUGCAGAGAUGGAAACUGAAAAUAUUUCAACUGUUAAUGAUCUGCAAGAUGCCAUUAAGCAGAUCACCAUAGAUAAUAACUCCAAAUCUCAGGAAAUCUCUCGGUUACUGGAGCAGGUAGAACAGUAUAAACAUUUGAAUGGAGAUUUGAAAAAAGAACACGAAAAUAGAUUAAAAGCUGAAGCCGCUGUUAACGAAAAGGAGGUUGCUAUUGAAUCCUGCCAAGAAAUGAUUGCUUCAUUGAGUGACAGACAUAAAGAGAAAGAGAUUGUUUGUCAACGAUAUGAUGAUAAUGUUGAAAGUUUGGAAAGGUUUGAAACGCAUACCGGUAUAUUGACUGAGUCUUUGAAUGAAUCUCAAAAGAACUUCACUGAUUCUCAGCUGGAUAUUACUACCUCUAGUCAAGUUCCAAUAACUCAUGAAGCAAUUGAGGAUUCAGUUGUUGUUAACAGAGUUGUUCCCCUUGGAUCUGUGAACUCGGAGAACGGUAGAGAUGGGCAACAGCUGGCAGAUCCUGUACACAGUGGCAUAUUGGAUGGGAGCAGUAUAAACAUGAAGGAAGUAGCAUUGCUUGAACAACAUAUUGAAGAGCUUCAAGCCAAACUUAACAAACAAGAAGGCUUAUUUGAGCAACAAAAGCAAGAACACCUGAGAGUGUUGUCACUCCUGGAGGGAUUAGAGGAAACAGGAUUAUCAUUGCAAAUCAGUUCUUCGGAAAAAGAGAAUUCACUGUCAAAUGAUGUGCAAAAGCUAGGUGAGCAGCUGCAGGCUAAGAUGAAUGUUGUGGUGGAACUGCAAAGCAAGGUAGAAAAUCUUCAAGAAGCACUAGAUGCAGCAAAUGCGAAAGGGGAAAGUGCAAAAAUUCAUUUCAGUGAAAAGGAACAAGAAAUGGUGGAUGUAACUCAGCAUAUCAGUGAACAGUUGCGCAGCAAAGCUGAUGAAAUUGUUAAUUUACAGUCCAGUUAUGAACAAUCUCAAAAACACCUUACAGAAAUGACUAAAAAAAGCAAAGAGAAGGAUUUAAAAAUCAAUUCCUUGUUGGAAAAUAUGCAAGAACUAGAAGAAAGAAUUAACCAGAUUUCUGAUGUCGAGUCACAGCUUGAGGCACAAGCAAAUAAACUUGAAGCAACUCAAAGGCUUCUUGAAUCUAGGGAACUAACAGCAAAGAAGGCUCUAGCAACUGUUAAGAAGUUGAAGAUUCAGUUGGAGCAAUCUAAUGAAAAGUUAGAACAGAUGACUUUAGAAAGAGAUGAAGCUAAGAAAAGUGAAGAAACUCUGAAAGAAGAAUUAAAAAACCUAACAUCACAAUCUGAACAUGUAUCUACUCUUUCCAAAGAUGAGGACACACCUGACACUCCCAGCAUUGAUGAAUCUGAAAAAUCAAAAGAGCUCGAACAACAGGUUCAGACAUACAUGGAAUACUCCCAGCAGCUCCAGAAUCAAGUUCAGUCACUCACUGAAGCAUGUCAUACUGCUGAGAAGCAGCUUGGACAGAAACAGUCUGAGCUUGAAAAUCUUCAAGAAACCAACACAACACUUUCAGCCCAACUCGAAGAAAUUACUACAGAAAAGGAAAAUCUGAAAACACAGUUAACUAAUAUUGAAGUUCAAAAGACAGAGCUUGCUGCAAUGAGAGAUCUGCAAGUGAAAGAUCUGAAUGAGACUAUUCAGGAACUCCAAGGAGCUGUUGAUUUCUACAAACAAUCACAUGCAGAGAAAGAAGAAGCAGUUAUUCAGUUGAUGGCUGUAAAAGAAGCAUUGGUGAGAAUGCAGGCAGAUCUUGAUGAAAAGGGUAGCAUUAUUGAAAGUCUAAUGGAAUCUCUGAAGUCAUCUGAACAGAUAGCUGUAGAAAGGGAAUCUCUUGGUGAUCAAAUGUUGGUAAUAGAAGAAACCAUGAAAUCACUUCAAGAGACUGUGAUAUUAAGAGAAGAAGCUUUGAAACAGUCUGAGCAGGCGGUUAAAGACUUCCAACAUCAGCUUGAGGAGAAGAUUGCAGCUAUUGCACAACUUGAGCUGGAUGCUGUUACUUUACAGAAGGCCAUUGAAGAAGCCAACUCAAAGUAUGAGAUAACUGUUACAGAGAAAGACUAUUUAAAACAAGAAGUUGCUUCCUAUGUCAGUCAAAUAGCAGACUAUCAGAAAACACUGAGUUUUAGUGAUGAAGAAAUAAAAUCACUAAAAGAAAUAAAUGAAAAGCUACUUUCUUCUUCUCAAAUUGAAGGUGAGUGUACAAACCAUAAUGAGUGUCAUGCUAAGAUAACGGAUCUAACCAAGAAACUUGAGGAAUUGAACAAUGAACAUGUAAAACUAUGUGAUAAGUACAGGGAAACCGAGGAACAGUUGGAAAAGUCGGGAUCUUCUGUUGAAGACCUUAGAAAACAGAUUGUCAUCAUUCAGAAUGAAAAGCUUGCAUAUGGUACAAGCUGCUGGUACAUUGCAGGGGGAGGAAUCAUCGCUUAGGUCACAGAUUAAUGCAUCCACAGAAGAGAAGAAAGAUUCUGUUGAUAAAGAAGAGAAAGUCCUGGUGGAAAAAGAACAAGUUUCUAGUUACAACGAUGAACAGGUAGAGCAACUAACGACAAGAAUAUCUGUUCUGAUGGAA